CUCAGAGAAGCAGGAGAGAUGGUGGGUGUCCCAUCCAGCAGCAUCCACGCUCAGUGAGGACUAACCACACACUGCUGGAGCUGCCUUUGGUGUGGGAGUCCCAGGCAUCCUGCCCAAAGCCAGGCUGCCUUGCCCAGUGGCAUGUAAGCUGUGUCUCUCACAUGUGUCACCAGGUGAAUGGGCCUCUGUCACAUGUGGAAGAGCUUGGUGCUCCCCUGGGAGGAGGUUUUGUGGUUUUGCCCCUCGAUCUCAGGCAAGGUUGCCUGGGCAUGGAUGUACCUUUGGGUGCAGCAUCCACAAAGCCCUUUUUUGGCAAAGCAGACACUUUUUUGGGGCUCCCAUUGCUGUGUUGGCCAAACUCUCCGGUACGGAUUAGGAGGGGAUGGAGUGAGGCACAGCUUUGGGCACACUGGUGCAUCCAGGUCCCUGCUGCUGCCCUGACCAGCACGAGCAGGAGGAGAUGCUGGCCCAGCUUUAAAAUGCUGGGGUUUUACCAGUGUAAGUUGGCACUAACAGAUGUGUUGGGAACAGAUGACAAGCAGUGACACCAAAUCCAUUUGGCUUGGUGCUGCCAUCCUCACAAACCUUCCUGCCACAGCAGGAGGGCCCUGGAUGGCAGGAUGGGGAGGAUGGAUCUGGGGUCACUUGGCUGGCACAGUGUUGCCUUGGGGGUGAAGCUGUGGGACAGCAGCUCCAGCUUGGAAGCAGGAGUGAUGCUGUCAGGGGGAGAGGGGUGAGAAGCAGAGCCCGGAUUUUCCUCAGUUGUGUUUAGCAGCUGAGGCAGGGGUUAACCAGCCCAGGUGUCCAGCAGGAACAACCCAUAUUAACAGCACUUUGCUUCACUAAAAUGAACCUGAGGCUUUUGUAGCAGCCAGGCAGAGCUGCUGGAGCCACACAUGGUCACCCUGGGCCCCAGGCAGUUCUGCAGCCUCCACCUCAGCUUUCCUCUUGGAGCAUCUGAUCCGUGAUUUGCCAUAUGAAUUUUGUCAAACCCUUUUAGCUAAACUGAUCACAGAGAUGGACUAUUGGAAUAUAGGUAUAAAAAUGUUUUCUUAGUAGUUGAUCUGUGUGCACAUGGGGGUCCUGGGAAGUCUGGGGAUCCUGGGAGGGCUGGGGUUCCUGGGAAGUUUGUGGAUUCUGUAGUUAUGGGGGUCCUGAUAGGGCUGGGGGUCCUGGAGAGGCUGGGAGGGCUGGGGGUCCCAGGAGGGCUGGGACCCUCUGGACCACAGCUCCCAGGCUGGGGAGCUCUGCGCAGGGUGGACUGUGGUGAACAUGGGCUGGAGCCCCUUGACAGGGAAGUCCAGCCUCUCCCAGCCUGCAGGAGGAGGGAAACUGAGGCAGGAGAUUCUUGGAUCCCCUUGCUUCCCCUCCCGGGAUCCGAGCAAGGUGGCUCGGCAGCCGCGGGGCCCCGGCUCUGCCCGAGCCCAUAACGGAGCCUUUGUGCCCCGGGCUCCGCCGCAGCGCCGCUGCUGACUCAGGGAUUUCUGCCGGGCACGCCGUGGGAGCCCCGUGACCCAUCGGAGGGGGGACCCUGGAGGAGAGGGGGCGGCGGCGAAGCAGUGAGGCGACAGCUCUGCGGAAAGCCGGCGCUACUCCGUGCUGGGGCCGAGGGACAGAGGGGACACUCCCGCUGAGCAGGACCCGCUGCCAUGGGCUCCCGGCACUUCCCGGCCCGGACCGUGCUCUUUGAGAAGGAAUCCAGCGGUGUCACGUACCGUGUGCCCGCCCUGCUCUACCUGCCCUGCGUGGCCAAGCUGCUGGCGUUCGCCGAGGAGCGGCUCAGCGCCGACGAUGCCCACGCCAACCUGCUGGUGCUGCGCCGCGGCACCAUCUACGGCAGCUACGUGGAGUGGGAAGACAUGCGUGUGCUGGAGACAGCAACGCUGCAGCACCAUCGGUCAAUGAACCCCUGCCCGCUCUACGAUGAGUUCACGGGCACCCUCUUCCUCUUCUUCAUCACGGUGCUGGGCAGGACACCCGAAGCCUACCAGAUUGUCACUGGCCAAAAUGUCACCCGCCUCUGCUGUGUCACCAGUGCUGACCAGGGCCUGAGCUGGAGCACAGCCACAGACCUGACCCAGCAGGUCAUUGGUGCGACCAUCAAAGACUGGGCGACGUUCGCGCUGGGCCCCGGGCACGGGAUCCAGCUGCGUUCUGGCCGGCUGCUGGUGCCCGCCUACAGUUACCACAUCGACUGCAAGGAGUGCUUCGGGCAGCUCUGCAAGACCACCCCGCACUCCUUCGCCUUCUACAGCGACGACCACGGCCGCGGCUGGCGCUUCGGGGAGUUCAUCCCCAACCUGCAGACGGGCGAGUGCCAGCUGGUCUCUGUGGAUGAGGAGGACGGAUCCAAUGUCCUCUACUGCAACGCCCGCAGCCCCUUGGGCUUCAGGGUCCAGGCGCUCAGCACGGAUGACGGGGCCGUCUUCCACGGCGGGCAGCUGGUCCAGCGGCUGGUGGAGCCCCCCCACGGCUGUCACGGCAGUGUCAUUGGCUUCCCCGCGCCCUUCCUGUAUGUCCCCACCGCCUCCCGGGACACCGGGAUGCCCCCCCGAGGCUCAGUUUGCCAGCUGCUUCCUGGGGCGCUCCGGGGGUUUGGGCACCCGCCCGCACAACAGGCAGGAGGUGCUGAGCUGCCCGCUGGCAACCACCACGGGGAUUGUCCUACCCCAGGGCGUCACGAUGACUCCCACAAUGUCACCUCGGUCCAGGGAGACUCUGCAGCAACCCCCAGCCCCACUCCCUUCUUCCAAGCACCAACGUGGAUCCUCUACUCCCACCCCACCAGCUCCAUGUCGCGGGUGAACAUGGGGGUUCACCUGAGCACCUUCCCCAGGGACGCAGAGAGCUGGACAGAGCCCUGGGUCAUCUACGAGGGCCCGAGCGCUUACUCGGACCUGGCGUACAUGGAGCUGCCCUACAGGGACGCGCCGGUGGCCGGCGGCACGGCCAUCGCCUUCGCCUGCCUCUACGAGAACGGGAUGAGGUCUCCCUACGAGCAGAUCUCCUUCAGCAUGUUCACGCUGCACGACGUGCUCCAGAACAUCCCCCUGACGGCCGCUGCUCCCCGGCGGCGCCGCGCGGGGAAGAGGAGGAAGAGGAGGAAGAGGAGCUGCCUCAUCUCCUAGAGCCUGCCCAGGUUGGCUCCCGCCACCACCCCAGUGCUGGAUCCUGGAGCAUCAACCCACAGGCUGGGUUCUGCCACCAUCCAGCAUGGCCACACAGCACAGAGGUGUGUUACUGUCCCCACACUGGGGUUUAUCUCAUUUUUAUUGCUGUUUUUUAAAUUGUUUUGGGUAGGGAGGCUUUUGCCCCCAGGCUCCUCUCCAAGCGAGAGCCACCUCUGGAAACAGAUACUGGGGGGCAACAGCAGCAGUGCAGGGGGGAGGCAGCCAGGGGUACCCUGUGCCAGCCCUGUGUGCCAGGUGCUGGCUCAGGGGGAUGUGGUGCUCCAGCUGUGCCAUACCUGGUACCACCACCCUGCUCUGAGGGCUUUCCUCCCCUUGUUAUAAAUAGUUAUGCUAUAUAAAUAUGGUAUAUGAUGUUAAAUUCUUUCUUUUUCAUGAAAAGGCUUUUUUCAAUGGUCUCUCUGAAGUCACUCUGAGGGUUUGGGCUGGGGUACAGUUCCGUUCCUUCAUUGUAGCUGGGAUGGGGCUGGGGUUUAUAUUUGGGCUGAUGAUAAAGAAA